UAUUGGGAUCGACAGCUGUCUGCUAGAGGAGUUACGGUGCUGUUGCAUUAUGGGAUGUGUGAGAGCUGCAUGUGUGUCUGUGUUGAGAAGAAGAAACAAAAUGUCUCAGCUCAGGUUCAUCGAUAUCGGGGUGAACCUGACCGACCCCAUGUUCCGAGGCCUCUACCGAGGGAAACAGAAACAUGACGACGACUUCAACCAGAUCAUCGACAGGGCUCUCAAAGUCGGAGUCGAGAAGUUCAUGAUCACAGGAGGGAACCUGGAGGACAGCAAGGAGGCCCUGAAGCUAUCAGAGAGCCGAGACGAGUUCUGCUGCACGGUCGGCUGCCAUCCCACGCGCUGCAGCGAGUUCCAGCAGAGCGGAGAAUCCCAGUACCUGUCGGGGCUGAGGGAGCUGGCAGCAGCACACAGAGGGAAGGUGGUGGCCGUGGGAGAGUGUGGACUGGAUUUUGACAGGUUGGAAUUUUGUCCAAAAGAAACUCAGCUGAAAUACUUCGAGAAGCAGUUCGACCUGGCGGAGGAAACCAAGCUGCCCAUGUUCCUCCACUGCAGAAACUCCCAUCAGGACUUCAUCGAAAUCAUGAAGCGAAAUCGAGACCGAUGUGUGGGAGGAGUGGUUCACUCGUUCGAUGGGACGACAGAAGACGCUGCUGCGCUCGUGGACCUCGACCUCUACAUCGGAAUAAACGGAUGUUCUUUGAGAACGGAGGCGAAUAUUGAAGCGAUGAAGUCGAUUCCCAGCGAGAGGCUCAUGAUAGAAACAGACGCUCCGUGGUGCGGAGUGAAAAACACUCACGCAGGCUCCAAACACAUUCAAACUACAUUUCCCACGAAGAAGAAAUGGGAGGCGGGGCACUGCCUGAAAGACCGGAACGAGCCCUGUCACAUCAUACAAGUGUUGGAGGUGAUGGCGGCGGCGAGGGAGGAGGAUCUGCUGGAGCUGGCGAACACGAUCUACAACAACACCAUCAAAGUCUUCUUCAGCUCGAGCUGAUGAUGAAGAGGCCGACUGAUGUGGAUGUGUGUGUGUGUGUGUGUGUGUGUGUGUGUGAAUAAAAGAUUAUUUCGCUUGUUUGAAAAAGUCAAAAACCUAAAAUAAAGAAUCUAAUUUUCUUCGAUGCUGAAAA